CAAUUGAACAUGGGUGGUAAUAGGUGGUGUGCGUCAUACGUUGCGCAGCCCGCUGCGCUGCUCUCGGUGUGUUUUGUGCUUAAGAAAGACGGUGGAGGAGAAGCUUAUUUUGAAAUCCUCGACAGGAUAUGUGGCUUGUUUUGGCUGAGGUAGAGAGGUCCACCUGCUGCAGCAGAGCGGCUACAGACCUGCUGACUGAAUGACCGGAGCUGCGGCGGGACUUCAACUCUGCUCUGCUUCAGAGACGCCGCACGUUUCUGAACGAGACUGUUUUUCCACUGACAUGUGUGGAGGACACAGCGACUGGAUUCCUGCGCUGACGUUUUCUUUUUCGAAGAGAAGAAACUGAGCCGAAGGUGCGACAGCGGACACAUCUGCUCUGUAGGCAGCGAGCCUUCUGUCCACCCCGUCAGCUGAUGCAGGCUGGCCUGUAGGGAUCUAAUUUUACUCGGUCCAGGUGUGGGCGGACAGGGACUUGGCAGGAAUUUCGCCAAAAUUACGACGGGAAUCAAGUACAGUUCACUGUCUCCCGGUACCGGGGGAGACCAUCGGCCGCUCGUCAUGUCUCGCGCCAAGGAGCGACUGAAAGCCGGGAAGGAGACGAAGGACAGUGUCACUCUGCUGCCGUGCUUUUAUUUUGUGGAGCUCCCCAUCCUGGCCUCCUCUGUUGUCAGUCUUUAUUUUCUGGAGCUGACUGAUAUUUUCCAGCCGGUGCAUUCUGGGUACACUUGUAAUGACCGCAGCUUGUCGUUGCCCUACAUCCUGCCCAGACAGGAAGUCUGCCCACUCCCUUUGCUCUUCAGCUUGGCCUUUGCAGCUCCAACAGUCACAAUCCUGAUAGGAGAAGCCAUCCUGUACUGCUAUCUGUCCAGGAGGUCGUCAACCACUCAGACUGAAGCUAACAUCAACGCCGCAGGCUGUAAUUUCAACUCCUACAUUCGCAGAGCUGUCCGCUUUAUAGGCGUCCAUAUCUUUGGCCUGUGUGUGACGGCUCUGAUUACGGACAUCCUCCAGCUGUCCACUGGGCAGCAUACGCCCUACUGGCUGGAUGUGUGCAAACCCAACUUGACCCACAUUAACAUGUCGAGCUGUGAUGAAGCCUUCAUUCUGGAGGAUAUCUGUUCUGGACCGGACCUGGGACUCAUCAACGCUGGGAGGAAGUCUUUCCCAUCCCAGCAUGCCACACUGGCUGCCUUUGCUGCUGUCUACAUCUCUAUGUACUUCAACACAGUGCUGACAGACUCAGCCAAGCUCCUGAAGCCUCUGCUGGUCUUCUCUUUCGUCAUGCUGGCCAUCCUGGCCGGAUUGAUCCGGAUCAUUCAGUUCAGAAACCACCCUGUGGAUGUGUACUGUGGCUGGUUACUGGGAGCCUCCAUCGCUGUUUAUUUGGGUGUAUACGCAGUAAGCAACUUCAAGCCAAGUGAAGAUCGCUGCAGAAGUCAACUGAAUCCUCCCAUUCUUAGAGAGCGAUCCCUCUCUUCCCUCCCCAAUGUCAGCCAAUCAGCAACCAGCAAUAGCCACCAAGUCCACCACACCCUGGCCCCCAGCCCACCAAAGCCCAUCAUUACAAGGACCUCCUCCCACACUUUGGCCCCUGACCAUCCAGUACCCAUCCUAACCCGAAGCUCCUCCUAUCGGGAGCCAUCUAUGAGCAAUCUGAAGAGAGCCAGUGCUGAUGUGGAGGUGAUCACUCAGUCCAGUCCACCUGGAAACCGUGACAACAUGAUGACCUUCAGCAGCAGCACACUGCCAAGGUCCCAUGGAGGCUCCUCUGUGGAGGAAGGCCGUAUCCCACGACGACAUGCCUCCAUCCACACCUCCAUGGACUCCACCAGAUCCAAGCAGCUGCUCAGCCAAUGGAAGAACAAGAAUGAUAACAGGAAGCUGUCGAUGCAGGUGAUGGAUGGAAUAAGGCCGCUCCCUUCCUCUUCUCCCCAGAGGAACACAGAGUUCCGUUGCUCCUCCGAGCCGUGUGCAAUGGGCCUGGAGGCGGAGCUCCGAGCUGGAGCCCACAUACCUUCGUCCUCAAGCCAGGAAGUGGAGAUGCGUGCUGGGGCCCAUAUCCCGGCGCAGUACAUGAAAUUAGCAGCAAGCUCUGUCCCUAUUAGCAAUCAUAAUCACCUGGCACAUAAUGGCAGCAGUGGAAUGGCUGGUGGGGCCAGAGUCUCCAUGCAGCCUCGUCCUGGAUCCUCCCAGCUGGUUCACAUUCCUGAGGAGGAAAAUCCUAACAGCAAGGACCAGGAGAGUGAAUCAGAGGACAGCAUGAUGGACGGUGGAGGGUCAGUGAGAGAAAAAUGGCUGAGAGUGGCUGAGAAGACCACCCUUCCUUGCAGACCCCUGAGUGCUGGAGGACAGCCUCGUCUAAUGCAGGUCAUAGCCUUGUCCAAACAGCAAGGUCUCCUUCACUCUCCUCGUUCUGAAGAUGGUGGAUCUAUUCGGUACAGAGCGCUGACAGAUCAAGAUCCAUCUCCGCCGGCCUCUACCACUGGGGCAAUAGGAGUUGGAGGAGGUGGUUUGGAAAGAAGUGGCAGCAUAGUUCGUGUAGAAGCUCAUCCUGAAUCCAGACAAAAGCCUGUGGUGAAACCUCCAAGCACAGAUGGCAGUGGAUCAUGGCGAUGGAAACCGCCAGAACAAAGAGCAUCCCUUCGACAGUCAACGUUCGCCCUAAAUGACCUAAACAGACACACAGACAGCUGCGAUUCUCUGAGAGAUGGAGGUUCAGUGGAUGGAAGGAGGAGCGUGACAGGGACUGAAUCAGAGAGUGAAGGUGGGGGGGAUGUAGGAGGUGGAGGGGUAGGGGGAGGAGGUGCAUACGCCAAUCAUCCACGUGUGAUGCAUCCUUUGCACCCCUUACACCAAAAUAAUCCUAACAAUUACCAGCAUCACAAUUUUAACCCCAACAAUCCCAAUAAUCCAAACUUUAACAAUGUUCAUCCAAAUUAUAACCCCAGCUCCAACAACUCCAACAUGUCUUUUCCUUCCACUGUCACCUUUGCUCCUCCCUUCCACCCUCAUCCCCAAGCAGUCACCACUAUCAGGGUGACCCCAGUGGAGACGACAGCUGCUAGCAGUGACGGAGGUUCAGACAGCCAGUCAGUGGCCUCGUCCAGCCGGGAGUCCACUCUUCGAAGAAAGGGCAGCACCAAUGUUGUUCAUGUCCAAGACCGAGGGCCCACCCCGGAUCUCCAUAACAACCACCGCCCCAGUGAUGACAGCAACCGCCUUGACAAUGAGAGCAGCAACCGUUUCCAUGAAAACCUUCGAAAUUUUCAAGAAAAUCCAAUCCAGCCUAAUUUCCCCAACAGGCAGAUGCAGGUCGUGUUCGGUCGUCCAAGCCCAACUCCUCCCCCUACUCUGCCCCGCCCCCUCCUGACUCACACUCCACCUCCUACUCUGGGGCUGGCCUAUAAAGAAUGAGUCAUCCAUCUGUACCUGUGUUUAAAACAAUGUGACCAGUUUGAGACUGCUGGUGGGACCAAAACUUGUAAGAGUGUGGAAUCAUAUCUAUCCACUGUCCGGGAUCAAGACUGGGAAUGUUUCCCUCUCCCACAGCAGUGAGUAUUCAACCAGUUCCAACCAACUCCAUCAGUUGUGAAUUUUAUAGCCUGGGCUCUAUGUGUAAGAGUUUGAGCCCAUUUUUCAUUGUGUUAUUAUUAUUUAACUUUAUAUUUAAAUCAACGCCUGUUGGAGAGACUGGAUAACUUUUGCCAAACAGUGACUUCAUAGGCACAUACACAAUGGGCUGAACAAACUGAGUGAUGCUAGUGUACGAGGGAACCCAGAUCUCCAUCCGCUGUCCUCCUUUUACACCUGUGAGUUUGACGCUGAUUGGAUUCACAAACAAUCAUUUACAAAUUUAUCAGCUUUUAUACUUUUACUAAACAAACCAUCAACUUGUGAACAUUACAGAGUGAGCAAUUGAUCUACAUUCUAUGGCCACCCUGUGAUGUUUUUGUGUGUGAAUCUGCAGCCUGAAAUGAAUCGACCCCCCAAUCUUCAGUGUGAGUGGGCCGCAGUCCUGAGUGCAGUCAGAGCAGUAACAGUAUCUUAUAGGUGACUGUGGUAUUGUGUUUGUGGUGGCAGAGAUCAAUAAGUUACAUAUUGUGUUAAAUAUACAGUAAAACAUGCUGUCUUUAUUCUUUUAGAUGCAACAUUUUAAUUUUGUGCAGUAUGAUUUGCUGCUGAUCUUAGUGUUGUUGGUGCUUUGACAUGUGGAGUGUGAAUGAUCUAAAUCCACCGAAACAACAACGAGGCCAAAGACUAAACCCAAGACGUAGAGAUACAAAUUACACAUUACGAUUCAGAAAGAUUCAUUUAUUAUAAAAAUCUACAUAUAGUUUAGGACAGUGGUCCCCAACCUUUUUAGUACUGCGGACCGGUCAAGACUUCGAAAAUUCGCUGCGGACCGAGGGGGCGGGGCACGCAACAACACUUAGCAUAUUUGCUACGGACGGGCGUGGGGGAGGGGGGUUGCGCGCAAGACUGCACUGCGGACCGGGGGCUGGGGGGGGUUGCGCGCAGAGACGGAAUUAUUUAAUUAUUUCUUCCGCGACCCGGUACCAAUUGGUCCACGGAUCGGUACCGGACCACUGGUUUAGGGGAUAUAGUAUUAUGGGAAAUGUAAUUUUAUUUAUUUAUAAUUAUAUAAAUUUCAAUAUGAUUUUAAAACUAACAAUCCAUAACACAUCAGAAUCCCUGUUCAAAAUGAUAAUUAAACGGUAGCAAUUUCUUUACCUGUCUAUAAUUUUGUAUCCAUAACAAGCUUUAGAUGUUAAUGUGUUUAUAGCACCAAAAUGAAUAAGACAGUUUAUCUUUAAUGUAUAAGUCAACUUUUUAGUUGUUUUUAGUGAAUUUUACACACCUAAACCUUUUUUGCUAUAUCAAUAUCAUUACAAUUGAUAUUAAUAAUUGCUAGGUAGUUGUACAUAUAUUUAUGUCAAAAAUGUUCAGUAUGGCUCUGUUGAUUCUCUACUCACUAGGGCUGCAUAAUAUAUCACAAAUGUAUUAUCAUCAAAAUAUCAGUGUGCUCAAUAUUCAUAUCACAAAAAAAUGUUUGGACAGCAAUAAUUGUUGGGUAAUAUAUUUUACAAGUUGUAUUUUUCAUGUUAAUGCAAUAUUUUGCCAGUAGGACAAAGUCUGGACAGCAAAAGGUCAAACCAGGCAAAGAGAUCACAGAGUAACCACAGAUUCAAAAGAGAGGAAAGAAGAAAACAGGCACCUGAUAUUAUCAUCACAAUAUUUACCAAAAUUAAAAUGAUUGCCAUCAGUAGAUUUUAUAAUAUUGUGCAGCCCUUGUACUCACUUGUACCAAACCUACCUAGUCCUGUUUUAAACCUGAAGAACAAGUGGAACCAAAAUGUGAAACUCUGUUAGUACACAACUUUUUAACGAAAACACGAGAGACGAUGAACAGACCAGAACAACAGUCUGCUGCAGAACAUUAUGGUUUAUGAAGAACGCUUCAAGCUUUAUGUUGCCAUCAUUCAACAGUGAGACAUUAUGUAGCUGGUUCUACAUCAAUCAGAUGUAGAACCAGCUUCUUCUUUCUUUGUUCCUUCCUCCCUUCUUUCCUGUAGUCACAGAUCUCACGUGAUAUUAUUGCAGUAUUUACUGAUAUGAUCCUAUCACAACAUUUUCUAAUAUUGUGCAGCCCUAAUGUGAACUCCAUGCAGAAAAUACCCAGGUAGGAAUUUGAACCCAAAAGCUUCUUGCUGCCAGGCAACAGUGCAGCUCCAGCAGUGAUCACAUCAGUACAGCCUUUUCAUUUUAAUGGUAGGAUAAAUUCAGCAGGUAUAAAUCCUUCAGUGAUUUUUUUUUCUUUUUGCCGGUAAGCCAGCUUGUCGACAGACAUGAUCUGUUUUCACAUUCCUGUUUUACUUCCUGCCAAAGUGUCAUCAAAGAAGACAUGUACAGUCAGCUGCUCUCAGUGUGUUCAUCGUUUUAUUGAAACUUCCUUGGAAACAGAAAUGCUGUCAUGUUUUGCUUGUUUGAUAUAUAAGCACAGUUGAAAGAGCUAUUUAUGUAUAAAAACAAUCUCCUUUUCUCACAGUCUGACAUUUAUUCAGAUAAAACGGUUCUUGGUCAGUUAGUGAGAUACAUUAGUUUUGAUUUUUUUAAACAUAUUUUACAUUGAAAGGCUUUGAUACAUUUCCUCAGUAUUGAGUAGAAUUCUCUGUUAAGUUUUUUGAUGUGGGUCAAAAGUUUCUGGUAACUUUUCUCAGUCUCAGACUGGUUUGCCUUUACAGUCCAUUCUCUCUGACAGACUGGAACUGAGUCACGUUUGUAGGCUGCCUUGCUCACACACAGCUUUAUGGUUCCGCCCAGUAAUAUUUUGGAACUCAUUUGUCUCUUUGGGUCACUGUCUGUUUGGAAGACCCAUAUCUACCCAAGUUUUAACUUCCUGGUUGAUCUUUUGAGAUGUUGCUUCAAUAUUUCCCCACAGCAGUCUUUGUUCAUCAUGUCAGCUAUUUUGAUCAGUGCACCUGCAGAAUAACAAUCACACAGCAUGACACUGCCAUUCCCAUACCUCAAAGUUGGCUUACAAGCUUCCGCCUUUUUACUUCAGAUGUUACAAUGGUCAUUAUGGUCAAAUACUUCAACUCUAGUUUAUCAGACCUGAACAUGUCGCCAGAACCUAAAGCGUUUAUCCCAGAAUGCAUCUGCAAACCGAAAUAUCAUCAGCCAUCACCAGCAUCUUCACCAGAUCUCCUACUUUUGUUGUGGGGUUGAUGCACACAUUUCACACCAGGUCCUUCCUGACUGCUGUUCAUCCUCAUCAAUGAUAGUUUAAAUAAAUGAACCUGGCACCUUCCAGCCAUGGAUGAACCAGAUUUUCAGUUGGCUGAUUUCUUUGGAUUUUCCCAUAAAAACACACAUUAAACAGUUUGUUUGAGACGCAACUCAGAAGUUGUGAGUUAACCUUUAAAUCAAUAGCCUUUAAAAGCACAGCCUCAUCAAAUGUUAUGGUUAGACAAAUUCUUUAAAGGCAUGGUAAUCAUGUAUAGAAACUUUGAACAUGAGGCAAGAUAAAAUUUCUCUAAAGAAGCCUUUAGAAAUGACUUUAAUGUUUUAUACAGUAUGUAAGUAUCAGGUGUUGGCUUUGUCAGAAAAUAGACAGAAUACAAUAGAUAUGUAUAACUGCUGCUUUGUAUAUUAUGAUUUUUAUAGGCUUCUGCUCAGAUGUUUGCUUAUUAUGAAAUUUUAGCUGUCAUGAUGAAGCUUAUAUGAUGAUAAUACGCUGUCAGUAUGUGUUGAUGUAUUUUUAACUUCAUCCAAAAUAGUAAAAGGAAAAAAUAUUUCAACUUUUAUUACAAAGUGGGCAUUAUUUUAGAAGUGUGACUGAAUGUGUUUUAGCAGCUACACAGGUUGAGUCUAGUCAGUGAAGGAUGGGCUCCAAAUAUCCUGAUCACUCAACAAAAAAGCACAUUGUUGUGCUAACCUUUGACCUGGUUUGAUGUUUUGCAGUUGUUAGAUUAUACAAAGGAUUUUAUAGGAAAUUGGUUCUAUUGUCCUGAAUCAGGGUCAGUGGAAGGAUGAAAAGCUUGAUCAUCAUGUGAUAAAUGGAGUUAGAGCCCCUAAACUCUGAAAACGGAAUGUAGGAAAGGAGGAAAAAGAAGUGUGAUGGCAGUCUAUCAUUAUCUGACUGGGAGGAUGGAGAAGCUGGGGGGCAGCGAUUCAUGGUCCGGGUGGAGCCAGAGGCAGCGCAUGGUCCAGGUUCUAAUGGAAGGAAACAUGGCAGGAGAGUAAUGAAGUGGGAUGGAAACAUGUUGUAGUCCUCUUAAGAGCUUGUGGAGGUGGGUGGUGGUUGAGAAGUCUUUUUUUAUUGUUUUAUUUUAAUGUUUUAAAUAUUUUUAGGCUCUAGUGAAUUUUAUUGAUUAAUACUGGAACUAGGGAGGAGACAGAAGGGGAAGACAACCAGCAAAAGGUCUGAGAUAAGGAAUGGAAGCGGGGACAACUGCAUCAAGGACCACAGCCUCUGGUCAUGGUGCAUGCUCCUCCCUGACACCAGAACCACCCAGAGCCAUCAGAACCACCCUGAGCCAUCAGAACCACCCUGAGCCAUCAGAACCACCCUGAGCCAUCAGAACCACCCUGAGCCACCAGAACCACCCUGAGCCACCAGAACCACCCUGAGCCACCAGAACCACCCUGAGCCAAAAGAGCCACCCUGAGCCAAAAGAGCCACCCUGAGCCAAAAGAGCCUGCUAGUUGACAGUUUGAAACACAGCUAAAAUUUGACCCUCAUGGUUUUGUUCAUGUGGUGGUAGCAGGAUCUUCUAUUGUAAAGCACAGUCAGAGAGUCACGUCAGGUCAUUGACCCGAGCAUAGGAAUGUUCCAAGAAUACAUAAAUCAUCUUUAAAGUGUGUAGAGCAUCUGGGAAGUAGAAAACAGCAGAAAAAACUUCUUUGAAAAGUACUAGCAGCACAUCAUCGUCAUGGGGAAAAUUUAGCUAAUUCACUGGAAUCCAUCAGUUCUGAUAGUUCAUGUGGAGCGUCUUCAUCCAGUGUGAUGCAGGUCUUAACAACGCUCCCUGAGGAGCUCUCACAGAACCAGUAUUCAUUUUCAAAUGCUUGAACACUAAUAUAGAAAAAGGAAGUUAUUAUACAGAAUGUCAAAAGGAAGUCAUUGUGACUAUAUCCUAAAAUAUAUAGAACUUAAAAGUGUUCAAGUUUGUUUACAAAUCAAGAUGUAUUUUAAUAAGUUUAAAAAUAUUAAUAUUUUUUUUAUGCUUAUUUAGUUAAAAUAAUUCUGCUAGAGAUAAUACAUAGAUUGUUGGAGUGCCCUAAAAGACCAGCACUCUGUCUAGAAGGUUCAGACUGAAUAAAGUUGUAUUUAGGAUCUAUAAUGAAUGUUAGCAACAUACAAUCCUGGCAAGGAUGAACGACUCCAGUUUGCUAGUUUGAAAUAUUUCUCAAAAAGUGCAAUUUUUCCAAACGUAAUUCUAACAUUUUGAAGUUUACUCUUUCACAGUUGCGUUUACUUAUUUUUACAUUAAUAUUAUAUGUGAUAAUGGGCAAAAACUACUUCUGGUGCUGUCUCCAAACUGUGCCGUUAAAACCACUGCAAAAAAGAGCAAACCAAGAGUACCUUUUUGUUGAUUUUGCAAAUCUUUAUAAAUAAGAGAAUAACUGCUUUAUCAGUCACAAUUGGAGGGCAGAACUUUCUUACAUUACCUACCACAAAUACAAUGUUUCUCAAUCAUCAUAAGCUAGGAAUCGACAUCACAUCCAGUGUCAUUUUGUUUAACUUGCAUAGUUCUGAGAAUGAAAAUAAAACUGAGUUUAUGUGUGCACAUCCCACACAGUUCAAAGCUUUUUUAGAGGGACUCUGAAGUUAAUUUGAGCUAUUUGCAGAUAGAUGUGGUCCAUAACUUCCAACAAUAUUGGGGGACAGUGUACCCUAUGCAUAUGUUUAUCCCUCUGUAUAGUUCUGCAGAAAGGAAAGAAUAUUUUGAUAAAUGUUAGUAAAUGUGAUUUCUAAUCAUCCCAUGAUGUGAUCUAGUCUGGUGUUGACACUUAUUACCCGACACAUGAAUCCCUCAGAAUAUUUGAUCAUAUUUGAUAUUUGCUUCAGUUUCAGGUUGUACCUGUAGUUGUAAUUAUUUAUAUUUUCAGCAGGAUGUUGUUGAAAAUCUCCUUGCUUAACAACUACUGUUCAAUGUAAAUGUAAAGAAAUUUGAUUUCAAAGCCUAAAGUCAUUUGUCAAUGGAAACUUAUGUCCAUUUUUUCGAUGUUGUGAAAUGUUAUUGACCUUAUGUACCUUUUCUUUUUCUGGAAUAUAACAUUUAAAGUCAGGCUGUACUGGCACAAGUCUGAGCGAUCUGGAAGCACAACUUAGAUCCACGCAAGAAAUGAGUCGACCCCAAAACAUUCCAACAAAUCUCACUUAUUCACCGGAAAUUCACUGAGCUGUCCUUGACUUUAAAAUGGAUUGAGUUUGCCGUUUAAAAUGUUGAUCAAUUUCCAACUUUAUGACAUGAGAAGCAUUCUAAAGAGCUGAUUACAUGUCUGUGGUCCAUCCUUGAGUCUGAACUGCUUUCUAUGUCGUUGCUAUGGAGCUGCGUUAUUAAUAUCAAAUGUGUAAGUAGCUUUAUCAAGUGUUUACAGUUCAUAUGUUGAUUUCAUGUUUCACUCAUUCAAACCAUGGUGAGAGCUUUUCUGUAGGAACCUUUAGUGUCCUGGACGGUUCCGCACAAACAUUCUGAAACAUACUUAAUACUACCUAUUGGUCCAAAGUUAAUGACACUGAAAGUGAAUGGUUCAGAGAAAAUGAUUUAAAUACUACGUAUUUCUAAUACUUUGUGUUUUUUCUUUUUAUGGCUUGUAGUAUUAAACAUUAUGUAGAUAUUUCUCUUAGUGUAUAGCUUUUAUUUACUCUGGCUAAAUGUGAAUAUUUGCCAUAGCAACUACAGUAUAUAGUGUACUGACAGGGUGGGGACUGGCUCUCCGGUCAGGCCUGUAGUGAGCUGUGAAGGAAUUGCUGUAACCGUCUGAGAGCAUCAGGUCCAUCUAACACCACUUUGUUUCCAGACACGUUGAAAUGCUGAAACACUUACAGUGGGUUUGUCUGAGAAACUGGUGCUUGGAUGUGGAAAUGACAUCAUGCCAAAUCAGAAAACAAAUUGCUUUGUUGCUAAUUACCAUUAGCAAUUCAAGUCAACAGAAUUAAUUUUCUCUCUGUUUUAUGUUAAAAGGCUAAAGAGACAUGUUCAUAUGUAGGGGUUGUAAAUGUGAUACACAAUAUUAAAAUGCUGCAACCUUGACUGGAUUUUAUAUGCAGCCAUAUGGGACAGUGGCUGUCCUGGCUGAAGGAGGCAUAUUGGUACAGUAUGAGCGUAAGAAAAGCAAACUUAACCCUUAAAAUUUCCUACAAUUUAACUUUGAAGUAUAUAAUGUAUUGCAUUUCAACAAUUCAUGUUUAAAGUUCCAGCCAGCACCGAUGUCUGGUUGGAUCCCAUUCAGAUGAAGACUGGGACAGGCCAAAGUUUCUCCAGUUUUAGCUGUGAUCUCAAACUCCAGCCCUGAAGGGUCGGUCUCCUGCAACUUUUAGAUGUCUCACACCAACAUUAGUUCAUCAGCAGAGCUCUGUGGAAGCUGACUGCAUGCAGUUUAGCCAUUUACAGUAAUUUCAGUGUGUAGGACAAGGGACACAUCUAAAGGUGGCAGGACACGGACCUCAAAGACUGGAGUUUCUAGUUGCUGCAUAUUUCAUCUGUGAGGUUUUUACAUUGGAUCGGAUGCCAAAUCGGAUUCGGUGGGUCUUGGCCUUAACAGUAUGUCUCAGUACAUUUGAUGCUACUGAAUUGCGUCUACUAGUGAAAAUGUUUUUAUUGCGCUUGGAUGCAUAAAAUAAAGAGAGUUCCAUUGCUAUCUGUUCUACUUUAGGCACAUGUAGCAAAAUUUCACUGGGUUUCAGAUUUGAACCUUGAACAUGAUCCCAGGUCCAAGUUCCACAUUCUGAAGCAAAGGAAAGAAAUCAUAUGAAAUGCUACAAACUAGAAGACUCUUAUAUUUUUUGUGUAUUAAAUAAUAGGUUGCUGAGCUACCAAACUGUACGACCCAUAAACAGCAGCGAGGGCUUUUCCUGAGGGCUUCACACUCUUGAUGUUUUAUGGACUAAAUAAGAGGUUUUUCUCACAGAGCUGCUGCAGUGUUCCCUUUAUCAAGACACUGCCUCUAGACUGUUAAAGACAAAUGUCCAAGAAUGUCUCACACAUGGUCCAGAUUUGCAUUUCUAAAAUGUUGCUGCUGUAAAAUGUUUUUGAAGGUUUAGUGUGGUUUUAGCUUGUUUUUUUCUUUAAAAUAUGCUUAUUAAUGUGAGCUUUGCUGUUUCUAUUGCUAAAAAAAUAAAUAUUUAUAUCUUUUUACUUAUCCCUGUAAAGUGUUCAUGAGCUCAGACUGGUUCUCCUGGUUCUCCUGGUUCCAUGUAGAUUUGCUCAUUGUUCCAAAGUGUUAGCCAACCUGCUGAUUCUGACAUCAUCAGGUAUGUUGGAAAGAACAGACAUUUGGAAUCUGUUCCUAACUCGUAUAAGUUUCAGUAUAAGUGUGCUGACUCUGUAGCUACAAGUACAUUAAACAUGAAGAUCAUGAAGAAGUUCAAUUCAGUUCAGUUUAUUUAUAUAGCACCAAAAUUCACAACAAAUGUCUCAAAGCAAUCAUUUCAGUUUAAUUCCAAUUGAUUCUAGUUAUCAAACAGUACAGUAUGCUCAACUAAUUAUUCAAUGUAGCUUAAAAAGUUUCUAAGUAAAACCAGCAGAGCAUCAAGUUAUUGACUUGCAGCAAUCCCUCAUACUGAGCAUGCAUGUAGUGACAUGGAAAGGAAAAAGUCCCGUUUAACAGGAAGAAUCCUGCAGCAGAACCAGAACCAGAACCUGGCUCAGUACAGGCACCCAUCUUCCGCUAAUAAAAGAGUUCAAAGUUUAUUUUUGUCAUUCAUUUCAGAAAGUGAAACUCACAUCAAUAGAUUAAUCACAUGGAGGGAAAUAUUGUUGUAAUUUUGAUGAUUAUGGCUCACAGAUAUUGAACACCUAAAAUUCAAUGUCUCGGAAAAUGUGAAUAUUACAAAAAGGAAAAUAUUAGAACCUCAUGGUGAAACUGACACCAUAAUAAGUGAAUUAACCUGCAAACAGCUGAAGGUUUCCUGAGUGCUCUCUCACUCUGGGUCAGUUGGCUACACACAAUCUGCUGACUGUGUGUAGUCACAGUCAGCGUCCACAAGGAGGGGAAGACACAGCAAGUCAAUGCUGAAGAAGCCGGUUGUUGCAUCCAAGCAUAUUCAUAGAAAAUUGAGUGGAAGGAAGAAGUGUGGUAACAGAAACAGGGAGGACUGGCCUGACCUUUAACCCCACAGACAAUCUGUGGGAUGUUGUUAAGAGAAAGAUGAGGUCCCAGACCCAACUAUCAAAGCUACCUGGACUUUAUUACAUCUGAGCAGAACCACAGGCUGAUCUCCUCCAUGCUGCGCUGUGUUGAUGUAGUAAUUCAUGCUAAAGGAGCCACAACCAAGAACUGAGUGCAGAGAAAUGAACCGGCCUUUCAGCAGCCUCAUAUUUGUGUAUAAAAAAUCCUGUUUCAUUAAUCUAAUGUAAUUUUCUGAGACGCUGCAUUUUUGGUUUUCAUUAUCUGUAAACUGUAAGCAGCAAAACUGCAAGACAUAAGGUCUUGAACUAUUCCACUCUCUAUGUGUAAAGUGUCUGAUCUGACAAGAAAUAUUCAACUUUUUCACAAUAUUCAGAUUUUGAGAAGUAUGUCUAUGUUUCUGAGGGCAGUGUAUUAUAUACUGGUCAUGUAUUUUCCGCCUUAUGCUUUUGACUCGAAACAAUAAGCAUUUCAGAUUGUCUUUAUAUAGAGAAGCAUAAAGCCUUCAGAGAUGGAAUUUUUUAAAAAAAUUUUUUUUAAUAUGAUAUUUACAGUGAUUAAUCACUGUAGAUCAAGAUGUUUUUUUAUUUCUUUUCCAUUCUUGGAAUUAGAACAUAAGCAUUUCUUUCCCCCAGCCUUUAGUGAGUGAGGUGUGCUUCAUCACUGAGAAGUAAAGCCCUCUCAGAUGAAGAGAUUGUGUCAAACUGGGAUUUUUCUCAGCCUGUUUCGUGUUUUCACAUCAUCUUUGCUGUUAUUUGCCAACAUGCAGAGUAAAACAGUGUUUUUACAGGACGACCAGCUCAGACAUUGAAACUGGGAUCAAAGUUAAACAAGGGAAACGGGUGAGGGUUGCUCUUGAGCUGACACUAUAAGGUGGCUUCCACAUUCAAAGUGUCACAUGAAGACAAGCACUGCAUUGCUUAGAGGAAACAGAAAGGUUUCUACAUGCAGUACAAUUCAGACUAACUGUUGAUGUGAUGAAGAGAAUUAACUGUUACUCUACCGUCACUGAUCAGUUCAGUGUACCGAUACUGACAAAUAUCAAAAUUUAUGUUUUGCAGUGGUGUUUCUGUAACAAAAUAAAGGUUUGAUAUCAAAAUGA